CGGGGCGGGAGCAGGGCAGCCAGAGCCGUUGCGGGAGGCGAGGAGGAAGCGGCGCGGCUCGGGAGGCGUGCGGGACGCGGACGGGAGGACGAGCGGCUGCCGGGAGCUGCGGGGGCCCGGGCGAGGAAUCUGCCGGCUUUUGUGGGACCGCUCCCGGGCUACCGAAUGCCAGCUUACUUCGUGUGCCCUGGGAGGUUCUGGGGCAGGUGACGGCACCGUGACCUAUCCAACAUGGAUGGAGAUGGACUUUUUGAUGAAGAAACCCGAAGUGUCUUUACCAGUCAGGGUGGUUUGGCCGUCCAAGGUUUUUACAAAACCUGCCUGGUUCCCUCUGUGGGAUCCGAAUGAGAGAGAUCUCAGACACCUUCACUGCGAAGCCAAGGACAUUUCUGUAUAAUCAGCGGAUGAAAGGGUUUUUCUCAGACUCUCUUUUCUCCCAUUUUCCUUGAGGAUUAAUCCACCAGAAUCCACAGUUCCUGUGGAGACUGCAAGGCAUACAAUGUGGCAGAAGCCUAGAGCGCCUUCGGAAUUGCUCUGGACCCUGCCUUUAGCAUAGAGGACUCUCAGACAUAUGCCACUCCCCUCCCCUGCCCCCAACUCCCUCCUUCUGAUUACUUGUCUUUGACUGGUUCUCAUUUUCCCCCGUGAAGUUCUGUUUCCAAACUGUUCCCCGGAGCUAUAAGUGGAUUGGCAGUAAUGAGAGAUUAGGCGGUGGGAGGAAGCACGGUGCCCUAUGCUGUGUCCUUUUCCUGCUGCGCCGCCGACAUGAAGUGCUUUUUCCCAGUGUUGAGCUGUCUGGCUGUGCUGGGUGUGGUGUCAGCUCAGCGCCAGGUCACCGUCCAGGAAGGACCCUUGUACCGCACAGAGGGCUCCCACAUCAACAUCUGGUGCAACGUGAGCGGCUACCAGGGCCCCUCUGAGCAGAACUUUCAGUGGUCCAUUUACCUGCCCUCUGCCCCUGAGCGUGAGGUGCAGAUUGUUAGCACAGUGGACUCUUCCUUCCCCUACGCCAUCUACACCCAGCGAGUGCGAGGUGGGAAGAUCUACGUGGAGAGAGUCCAGGGCAACUCAGCCUUACUUCACAUCACAGACCUGCAAGCCCGCGAUGCUGGGGAGUACGAGUGCCACACCCCCAACACCGAUGAGCGCUACUUCGGGAGCUACAGUGCCAAGAUGAACCUAGUGGUGAUCCCAGAUUCCCUGCAGACCACGGCUGUGCCCCAGACUCUGCACAAAGUGGAACAGGACCCACUGGAGCUCAGUUGCGAAGUGGCCACUGAGACUGUCCAGCAUAGCCACCUGUCUGUGUCCUGGCUGCGGCAGAAGGGUGGCGAGAAGCCCGUGGAGGUCAUCUCCCUGAGCCGGGACUUCAUCCUGCACUCAAGCAGCGAAUAUGCCCAGAGGCAGAGCCUGGGGGAGGUGCGGCUGGACAAGCUGGGCAGAAGCACCUUCCGCCUCACCAUCUUCCACCUGCAGCCUUCCGACCAGGGCGAGUUCUACUGCGAGGCUGCCGAGUGGAUCCAGGACCCAGAUGGCUCCUGGUACGCCAUGACCAGGAAGCGCUCCGAGGGCGCUGUGGUCAACAUCCAGCCCACCGACAAAGAGUUCACCGUGCGUCUGGAAACAGAUAAGAGGCUGCACACAGUGGGUGAGCCAGUGGAGUUCAGAUGUAUCCUAGAGGCUCAGAACAUUCCCGACCGGUACUUUGCCGUCUCCUGGGCCUUCAAUAGCUCACUCAUCGCGACCAUGGGGCCUAAUGCUGUGCCGGUCCUCAACAGUGAAUUUGCCCACCGUGAAGCCAAGGGACAGCUUAAGGUUUCCAAAGAAAGCGAUGGUGUCUUUGUGCUGAAGAUAUACCACCUCCGCCAGGAAGAUAGUGGCAAAUACAACUGCCGGGUGACCGAGCGAGAGAAGACUGUCACUGGCGAGUUCAUCGACAAGGAGAGCAAGCGUCCCAAGAACAUCCCCAUUGUCGUCCUCCCCCUCACAGAUAACUGGGUAGUUAAAGUCCCCCAGCAGCACCAGAUCCUGCCCCAAGGCCACUUGGAGAGCAGCAUCUCCGUGGAGGUGGCCAGCAAUGCCAGCGUCGUCCUCGAGGGUGAGGACCUGCGCUUCUCCUGUACUGUCCGCACGGUGGGCAGGCUGCAGGGCCGCUUCUCUGUCAUCUGGCAGCUCGUGGAUAGGCAGAACCGCCGCAGCAACAUCAUGUGGCUGGACCGUGAUGGCACCGUACAGCCGGGCACGUCCUACUGGGAGCGCAGCAGCUUCGGGGGCGUCCAGAUGGAGCAGGUGCAGCCCAACUCCUUCAGCCUGGGCAUCUUCAGCAGCAGGAAGGAAGAUGAGGGCCAGUACGAAUGCCACGUGACGGAGUGGGUGCGGGCUGUGGAUGGAGAGUGGCAGAUGGUGGGCGAGCGCCGCGCCAGUACCCUGGUCUCCAUCACAGCUCUUGAAACAGGCUUUGCAGUCACAGCCAUCUCCCGGACGCCAGGGGUGACCUACAGCGACUCCUUUGACUUGCAGUGCAUCAUCAAACCUCACUACCCAUCCCGCGUCCCCGUGUCGGUGACAUGGAGGUUCCAGCCAGUGGGCACCAUUGAGUUCCAUGAUCUGGUGACCUUCACCCGGGAUGGAGGGGUUCAGUGGGGGGAAAGGUCGUCCACCUUCCGAACUCGGACUGCCAUCGAGAAGGCUGAGUCCAGCAACAACGUCCGCCUGAGCAUCAGCCGGGCCAGCGACACAGAGGCGGGCAAGUACCAGUGUGUGGCGGAGCUGUGGCGGAGGAACUACAACAACACGUGGACAAGGCUGGCGGAGAGGACCUCCAACCUGCUGGAGAUUCGGGUGCUGCAGCCAGUGACAAAGCUGCAGGUGAGCAAAUCCAAGAGGACCCUCACACUGGUGGAAAACCGGCCAAUUCAGCUCAACUGCUCCGUCAAGUCUCAGACCAGCACAAACUCACACUUCGCCGUGCUGUGGUAUGUCCACAAGCCCUCGGAUGCAGACGGCAAGCUCAUUCUCAAAACCACGCACAGCUCAGCUUUUGAGUAUGGCACCUACGCCGAGGAGGAGGGCCUGCGGGGCCGGCUGCAGUUCGAGAGGCACGCCUCGGGGGGCCUGUUCAGCCUCACUGUGCAGAAAGCUGAGGUCAGCGACAGCGGAAGCUACUACUGCCACGUGGAGGAGUGGCUGCUGAGCCCCAACUAUGCCUGGUACAAGCUGGCCGAGGAGGUUUCAGGGCGCACGGAGGUCACCGUGAAGCAGCCAGACAGCCGCCUGAAGCUCAGCCAAGCCCAGGGGAACCUGUCUGUUCUGGAGACUCGGCAGAUCCAGCUGGAAUGUGUGGUCCUGAACCGGACCAGCCUGGCCUCCCAGCUCAUGGUGGAGUGGUUCGUGUGGAAGCCCAACCACCCAGAGCGGGAAGUAGUGGCCCACCUCAGCCGAGAUGCUACCUUCCACUAUGGCGAACAGGCUGCCAAAAACAACCUGAAGGGGCGGCUGCACCUGGAGAGCCCGUCUCCUGGCGUGUACAGGCUCUUUAUCCAGAAUGUGGCCGUGCAGGACAGCGGGACCUACAGCUGCCGAGUGGAGGAGUGGCUGCCAAGUCCUAGUGGUGUGUGGUAUAAACGGGCUGAGGACACCGCUGGACAGACCACUGUCACAGUCAUGCGACCUGACGCCGCCCUCCAGGUGGACACAGUGGUCCCCAAUGCUACCGUGUCUGAGAAGGCAGCUUUCCAACUGGACUGCAGCAUCCUGUCUCGAUCAAGCCAGGACUCCCGUUUUGCUGUGGCCUGGUAUUCCCUGAGGACUAAAGCUGGAGGAAAAAGAGGCAGCCUUGGCAUUGAAGAGCAAGAGGAGGAGGAGGAGGAGGAGGAGGUGUCGGAAGAAGAGGACCAUGAAGAUCCGACAGAGAGGACGGUCCUGUUGAGCGUGGGACCUGAUGCUGUCUUUGGUCCCGAAGGCAGUCCUUGGGAGGGCAGGCUGCGCUUCCAGAGACUCUCACCCCUGCUGUACCGGCUCACAGUGCUUGAGGCGAGCCCCCACGACACAGGCAACUACUCCUGCCAUGUGGAGGAGUGGCUGCCCAGCCCUCAGAAGGAAUGGUACCGGCUGACAGAGGAGGAGUCUGCCCCCAUCGGCAUCCGGGUUCUGGACACAAGUUCUACCCUGCAGUCGCUCAUCUGCUCCAACGAUGCCCUCUUCUACUUUGUCUUCUUCUACCCCUUCCCCAUCUUUGGCAUCCUCAUCAUCACCAUUCUGCUGGUGCGCUUCAAAAGCCGGAACUCCAGCAAGAACUCAGAGGGGAAGAACGGGGUGCCCCUGCUGUGGAUCAAGGAGCCGCACCUCAACUACUCCCCGACUUGCCUGGAGCCCCCUGUGCUCAGCAUCCACCCCGGAGCCAUAGACUAAGGAGGUUGUCCCCAGUGGACGUUGCCCAUGGCGGGGUCCGGUCAGGGGAGCCCUGUGGGCUUCUCCUCGUUGCUUCAUGCCCUGUGACUGGACAGGCGACAGCACGCGAACUUCGCAGUUUCUCUGCAGGAACCAGCCUGACCUGGCACGUGUUGGAAGCUCCCAGUCAUGGAGAUGACCGCCUCAGGCGGCAGCCCUGCUUAGCCGUUCGCGUCCAGGUGUCGUGAGCCCAACGUCCUAGGUUUCUAGUUUUUGGUUUGGUAAUGUAGUAGUGCGUAGCUCCAGGUGCCGCCUCUACUCGCCAGUCUAUCUCGUGUUCUCAGAUCGGUGCUACGGGGUUUCCUGUUCUGUGUAAUGAACUCUUUUAAGCCCCUUUGGUCCUCUCCGUUUGGAUCCCAUAAUGUUGUAGAAGCAUUUCUCUCACAACUGAUAAGCAAGAGGAAGACGGCUUCAUAGUAACAAGGAAUCUCUUCCAAGACAUUUUUGUUUUUGCACAUUUGAAAAUGCCACCCGUGGAUCAAAAUACACCCAAACAUUUUUUUAAAACUUUCUUAGCAAGACUUGAAAAAUAUGUGUAGCGUGGGCCCAAUUUGUAUCUUAUCUUUUCCCUCAGCCAGAGUUGUUGGAACCACUUUAUAGUCAAGAUGAAAGCAUCGAAUUUUGCUUCAAAGGACUGUACAUGUGCAGAAGAAACCCUGCAGAACCCCAUUAGGAGAAGAUGGUAUCCCGCCAGCUCAUCUGUCAGGAAGGUGAAAGAGGCUUCAGUUCCGAACUUGCCAAAAAAAUAAACAAGCCACCUUGGAGGAUGGGUCAAGGGCUCCGGACGGCAUCCAGUUUCUGAGGGUUAAUCAAAGGCAGUGAUAAGAGAGGGCAGGAGGGAGGGAAGGCGCUGACUGUUGGGGUAACUUUGGCAAGCUCAGUCUCUCGAUACCCCGAGCAGGCAGCUUUCAUCUGUAGGUGCUUUGCCAAAUCUUCAAGGGGGACAUGUCCAGUGAACCGAAGGGCUGCUCCGAGGGGAGCGCUGUGUGCAGGCCCAGUGGAGGGUGCUGAGCUGUCAUACUGAGCUUGGGAGAGAGGGCCAGGAGGGGUCUAGCCUCCUGGAGAGGCCAGAGGCAUACUUGGCUCUCUCUGUCUUCCUGCCAGUGAGCCUUUCCUUGGAGAUGAUGAGGGCUUUGGUAUUCAUCACUGCUCUUCCCAAAUCUCACUGCUGUGGGGAUACUGUCCCAAGAGGGGACCAGGUGCAGCCUUUUCAUAAUCUUUGUUCCCCUAGUGUCAACAGACAACUGAGAGCAGGUGUUGUUCCUUCCCUUUGUUGGAGUGUGUGCGUUCCUGUGAGUACGUGUGUGCACAUUCCUCUGUGUGUGUGUGUUUAGAUUGUAUGGUUGUACUGGUGUCUUUUAAUUUUCAGCCCACAAAUCCAGAAUCCACUGCCUCCACUCCAUUAGGCCAGAUGCUUAGCUGCCCUGGCGCCUCAUCAAUCACCAAUGCUUCCUUUUGCCUCUUGCACACUCUGAACAUCUUGUGAAGCCCUUUCCUCCCCAUCCUUCAGCAGCCAUACUUUCCCUUGGGAAUUUGCAUCCUGAAUCCCGAGAUAGGGCCUCUUGGGAAAAGCUACCCAAGAUUGUAUACAGUUUCUGCAAUGCCUGGUCCUGAGAAUAAGUGGAAAAACGGAGGCUGCAGGCCUUUGGGCCAUGUGGUUACAGAUCCUGGAAAGGGGGCUGCUGGUUGUAGGCCGUGUGCUAUGUGGCAGAGGAGGGGAGGCAAGAUGCAGCCCGACAAUCCUUCCUCUCUCCUCCGGGUCCUCGAGUUCUCUGAGCAGUGUCCAGGCAGCGCCGGCGUAAUCCCUCCAGUGCCUACACUGCUGGUUCUCAGUUAUGCUGCAUCAACACAUUAGAGGGACCAAAUUGGCUCAGUCACGAAGAAAGAAUGUCUUUUGUUCUGUUCCUUCAUUUCAUGGGUGUGGGCUCUUGAUGGGUAGCUGCUGACUCCUGAUUUUUAGGCUGAGUCAACGCGGGAAGAUUGACUCUGCCUCUGAAUGGAAUGACGCCGAGGGCUGGCCUGGAUUAAGAUUUCAGCUCAGUUCUAAGCAGCAGAAAACAGGCUGCACUUCAGUAUGUGAGGCAACUGCACACAGGACGUUGGCAAGGAGCAAAGAACCCGAAGUCAGUAUUUUAACAACUGCUUUUUGCUUGUGUUUUCUGUGGAGAUGGGGGAUGCAAUCAAAGGUUGAAUUUAGCUUUUUAUGGAAAACAAAAAACAAGAAAAAACCCUCAGGACCUCUCUCUGUGGCUGGUUCUACAGACAUGUGAUGUCAGAUAAAUGGCGAUGGUGCCCUCCAGUGGCUGGAAGGCCUCACUGCACAUUGUCUGCUGGGGUUUUGGUCUUCUGAGUUCAAAGGACUGAACAGAGACUCCUGACAUCUGUCCUCUCCAGUGUCACACUUGAGAGAAGAAUCUCCACUGUGCUAGGCACGUCCCAGGACACUCUGUGACCACACCCUCUCUCAUCCGGGUGUUCUGUAGCAAGUUUUCAUAUUCGUUUCGCUCAGCGGUUCCUCUGCGUUCAUUGUUGAAGAGACGAGAAGACUGCAUGAAGUAGAGAGCUGUUGGUUUGUUUCGUUUUUUUAAAACAGAGAAACUAUUUGUAAGCCGCCGCACAAAGACAUUUUCUAUACACUGCAGAGACCUGUAGUAAAUGAUGUUGACAAUAAGCUGUUUACAUUUCCUGGAGUCGGAUGCCCCCCUCCUGCCCCUCCCUGAGCCAGUCACCUCCUGCUGUGGGACUGUGCUCGGUGGGUGGCCUGGAGUUCUGCCCUCGGCAUUGAUGUACCAGAUUCGAGUUUUACAAGCUGUAGCUUUUCUAUGCAUGCCCUCACCCAGCCUAAAUUAUGUUUUUUGGUUUUUUUUUUUGUACAAAUGAUAAAAAAAAAAAUCUUUCUCAAGA